UCAAUGGAGUCCCUCCGCCCGGCCAUCGCCGCCCUCAGGCUCUCGGCUUCCCGCCAAGUCUCGCGCCCAUCCCACCCGCAACAAUCGUACCGCUGUCUCCACGCCUCCGCCACGCGAUGCGCAACUCCCUUACCACACCCCUCCGUCCCCGGGCCUCCCCCGGAAACACCUUCGCCAUCCGCCUCCGAUGCAUUGCACAGAGUUGCCCGCAAGCAAAAGCAGGCCGAGAUGCUUAAACAAGCCAAGGAAAUCCGCUCCCCUUCCGCCAAGACCAAGACCGUGCUGCAGAAACGUUUCUGGAAAGACGUCUCCAUCAAGGAAACUCCAGAGGGCCUCCAAAUCUUCCUCGAUGCCCGCCCCGUCCGCACCCCCACCAAAGAAAUCCUCACCAUCCCCUCGUCAAAACCCCAACUCGCCGCCGCCAUCGCCCUCGAAUGGGACCUCCUAGUCAGCGCCCAGCAAGCUCUAAAAACCCACCUCAUCCCACUCACGUCCCUCACCUCGCGCGCCCGUGACAUCCAAAUCGCUGACGCAGAAGGCGACAACAAAAUCCGCCAGGCCAUCAUCACUGUCAUGAUGCGCUACCUCUCCACCGACACCCUACUCUGCUGGGCUCCCGAAAACGUGCAAAAUGAACUCCCGCAAGAUGGUUUGACCCUCCGUCAGACCCAGAUGAAGCUUUCGGCGCCCAUUAUUGCCGAACUGACGACAAAGGUCUGGCCGGGUGUGGAGAUUAAACCAAUUCUUGAACCGGAUAGCUUCAUGCCCGUCCCGCAACCCGAUAACACGCAGAGUGUCAUCCGUGGCUGGAUGUCUGGCCUACCAGCCUACGAACUCGCUGGCUUGGAGCGCGCCGUUCUUGCUUCCAAAAGUCUGCUCGUCGGAGCCCGUCUGGUUCACGAGUGGAGCGAGACAUUUGCCAUGUCGAGGGCCGACGCUGGCGCUAGCGCCGAGAGAUUCGGUAUCGAGGAAGCGGCGGCAGCGUCGAGCACCGAGGUGCGAUGGCAGACGAGGCAGUGGGGUGAGGUCGACGAUACCCAUGAUGUUGAAAAGGAGGAUAUGCGGAGACAGCUCGGUAGUGUCGUCUUGCUUGUCAGUGGAACUGCAUAAAGCUUCCUCUGAGCCGUUGUUAAAUGUAUCAGUGUGUAUAACAAGGGUGUCUGUAAAAUAUGAAUGGGCAGUUUCGAGUGUUGUGGCAUAAAUCCCUCAAUCUUGCUCUGUGCAAGCGUAUGAGUGUGUGAGUGUAUGCGAGUGUGUAUAUAGAUUUACAUCUGGUCGUGCUAUACUCGCAAAUACGACUGUGUAUGUACAUGUACCAUCUAUUCAUCUUGCUCCUGCGCUUAGUCAUGUA